AUGGUGAGGAAGAGACCGAUUCUCAAGAUCAUCAUACUUGGUGACAGUGGGGUUGGAAAGACCUCACUGAUGAACCAAUUCAUCAACAAGCGAUUCACCAAUCAGUACCGCGCAACAAUCGGAGCCGACUUCUCAACCCAGGAAGUUACAGUUGAUGAUAGAGUGGUGACGUUGCAGAUAUGGGAUACCGCCGGACAGGAAAGAUUUCAAAGCCUUGGAAAGGCAUUCUACAGAGGCGCUGAUUGCUGCAUGCUAGUUUAUGAUACAACGAACCAGAAGACGUUUGAAAGCAUAGAGAGCUGGAAAUCCGAGUUCCUCAUACAGGUGGAACCGAAAGAUCCAGAUUCUUUCCCAUUCGCCCUAAUAGGCAAUAAAGUAGACGAUGUUGCUAACAGAAAGGUCAGCGCUAACAAGGCAACUAACUGGUGUAAGGCAAAUAACGAUAUACCACAUUUUGAAACAAGAACAAUGACCCUUUUUACUAGUAUUUUGGGUGUAGUAACACAUGGACUUACAACACUUACAGAUGCUGCGAAAUCCGUCCUCAAAAGCUAUGCUAGGGACCUUCUGACGAAUGGCAUCGAUAAAGACCUUAUUAAUGGAAUAAUAGCGUCAGAGGCGUUUAACAAAAUAUAUGAAGAACACUUGCCGGCAUUCAUAGCAGAAGUAUGGGUUCGAUAUGUCAUUCCUACCUUUUUUCUCUCGGCCUUUUUAUGUCUGCUUUUGUAUCUUAUAUAUUUGUACGACGUACUGCCAACUCUUGGAUUCCUGCUGUACGACGUUGGGAAAUAUAUCUGCAUCAAGAUUGUAGAUUUCUUCAUGGCUUUUACUGCGGCGCGUGGUGACGAGCUAUAUAAGGCAUUAGGAUAUGCUACUGAUGAUGACACACCGGUGCGUAACCUCAGAGCCAGCCUCAACUGUUUUAAGUAA